AUGUGGUUAUGUGAAGAGUGUCGUUCAGGAGCAGGACCUAAUCGUCAAGUGGAAGUUCACAACGAAGCUGCAGUUGAUCAUAACAUUACAAGCGACUCGACUAAUCAACUUUCAAGUCCACUUGUUGAAGACGCUUCUUCUCCAGUGUCUAUGGAUACAUCUCCAGUCGAGAAACAGGAGUUACCAGAUUUGAAUCUUGUGCCCUCUGAUUCGGAUUCUGCAAAUUAA